AUGACCCAGGUUCUCUCCAAGAGUCUCCUUGUCGAGGGGCUGCCCUUCGUUAGUCGUCAACCAGACACAAAGUCAUGGAACUUCUCUACUAGAGAAUACUACGACAUCACCCCUCCUAGUGAGAUAUCUGAGACCGAAGAUGCUUUCAAGCCCGUCGUGACAGACUCUAUCGACAUAAACGCUGAGCCACUGGUGGCUGUCAUCGGAGUCGGUUACGUGGGCGAGCACCUCGUCGAUGUGUUCUCCAGAAACCACGAUGUCCUUGGAUACGAUGUAUCGGAAGUCAGGACGCUGCAGUUGGCCCAGAAGCAACCCAUUGGCGGGCGCGCGAGGUUCACGAGCAAAGCCUCGGACCUGGCAUCGGCCACCCACUUUCUCAUUUCGGUCCCAACUCUUCUCCUUGCCGACAAAACCAUUGACUCAUCUUUCCUUCGGAGUGCCAUCGAGGUCGUCAGUCUCUAUGGGCGCCGGGGUGCAGUCGUGGUCGUGGAAAGCUCAGUUGCAGUAGGAAUGACGCGCGCUCUUCUUGGUCCUUUGGCUAAGGAGCGCGGCUUCUUUGCAGGCAUGUCGCCGGAGCGCGUUGAUCCAGGCCGUGUCGAACCACCAGCUCAAGCCAUUCCUAAGAUUGUUUCUGGACUGGACGAUCUUGUUCCUGGAUCACUCGAUGCCAUUAUUCGACUUUACUCGAAGAGUUUUGACAAUGUUGUUCCUGUGUCGAAGCCAGAAGUUGCUGAGAUGAUGAAGCUGUACGAAAACUGUCAGCGCAUGGUCUGCAUCGCCUAUGCGAACGAGAUGGCCGACGCUUGCGGCGCACACGGUAUUGACCCUUACGAGGUCUGCCGUGCCGCUUCUACCAAGCCCUUUGGCUACCAGCCCUUCUCACCGGGUCUAGGAGUUGGCGGACACUGCAUUCCCGUCAACCCAUGGUAUCUCCUUUCCAACAGUCACUUUCCUUUUCUGCGAGCGGCUGCUGAAAAGAUGCAUGCUCGGCCUUCCGAAAUUGCACAACGCGCCGUGACGCGCCUCUGCGGUGAGAACGGCACUGGGCUGAGACCCCGCGUUCUCGUUGUUGGUAUUGGUUUCAAGCGUGGACAGUCGCAUCUCGCAAACUCUCCUGGUCUUGAGCUGGCCAAGAGUUUGGUGCUGACCAACAAGGUCGACGUCGCUUGGGCUGAUCCUCUUGUGUCGCAAGAAGCUGUGCCCCAGAUCCAGCGGUUGGCCGAGUCAAGUUGGAAUGUUGAAGAUCUGGAACGUGACUUUGACAUGAUUAUCGUCGCCUUCCGUCAGGAUGGACUUGAUUUUGGUGUGUUGGAUGAUGUUCGAGGUGUGUUGGUUGAACAAUGUGCUCCUUCCUCAAGUUACUCGACCACCGACACAAAGGGAGAGUGCAAAAGCGGUGCUAUAAUGGAACCUCAGAUCCAUCAAUCUUCCUCUCCCAACUCUACUCUUGCAAAUCAUCCAUCAAAACACUACUCUCAUCAGAUAUCCGCAACUCAAUUUUGGUUCAUUAUUGACAUCAAGAUGACACAUCCUUCAACUCCCAGCACAGGUCAGGCUGAAGCAGCUUAUUUAUCGUACCCCAAAAAGUCCAACUCAUCACCCCCCAAGCCCUUCGAUGGAAUCUUCAGGGAAUACCCCAGCAAGCUAUCCAACACUGCACCCAUCAACCUCCCUCCCGGAUCUUUACCCCCUUACCCAUCAUCAAAGUCAUCAUCGAAGCCAUCACCAACAUCAGUCCCAGUGUCGCCGUCGAAAACAGCGAAGCUUGAACAGACCGGCAAGUCCCAUAAGCACCUACUCGCGAUGCAUUCUAACACCACCAAAGCCGAGUGUAACAAGCGUGUCGGUUGGGUCCUCAAUCUUUUCAGCGAGGGCAAACUUGAAUUGGCUCAAACUUCGGCUGAAAUGAUCCUUUCGAAUCAGAAAGGACUCACCCUAUACCAUCGAGCUCCCUUGUUCGCAAUGCUUACCAUCUUUCCCGGUGGCCUCAAAUACGCAGAUCAUGCAGUUCGCAUCUACAAAUACCUAUCCGUGAAACAUCCGGAAUUCAAGCCGGCUUACGAGAACUCCAAGAGAUCGCAGGAUCUGGCCCACAAGAUCGAAUCGUUGCGGGAGUACGAAGAGAUAAAAAUGAAGAAACGCGGAAGGGCUACAGCGGAUGAUAUCAGCCACGAGCACUUCCACAGACUCUACUACAACUUCUACAAGAACAUGCAUAAAGAAGGCUACAAGAGAUUCGUCGAGGACGCUUUCGAGUCAGAAUCUGGCUCUUCAUCUAAGCCUUCUGUUCCAUCGAAUGAUGCUAGUGAUUCGGCAAAAUCUGUUAAGAAAGAGAAAUACACUGGCAUCCUGACACCCCCGCCAACUGAACUCUCUGGUUACGAGACUUCAGUGAGCGAAUACCUUGAGGUAGUGGAAGAUUGCACAUGCAAGACAACGGAAGAAUGCACAUUCCACACAGUGGAAGAUCUCAACACAGUGGAGCAAGACGAAUACAAGACGGCGGAAGAACAUGGAUCCAAUACAUUGGAACACGAAGGAUGUAAGACAAUGAAAGACUUUGGCGAGGGUCAUUAUUGGCUUGCUACGAAGGACGAAUCCUCCCUCGAGGGCAGAGAGAUGGUUUUGGAUGCCAAGGGUCGCAUUUGGAUUCCCACCAAGGAUGAAUCCCCCUCCAAGGGCAAACAGAUGACGCUAUAUUGCGAGAAUCGGUUUCGAAGUUCCAGAAGUCAAGAGUCCCCUUCCAAGGUCAAACAGAAGAAGUACAAACGACCUCACUGCUGCUCUAGUGAGUCCAAGAAGGAUGUUGACCAGGCCUCUCAGUCCAAUGCCUCUACUCAUAGAAGCAAAACUUCUCCUGAAAAGCCAAAAGAACAACCAAAGCACAAGACAUCGAACCCUGAGUUGAAAGGAGGAAGAAAGUGUUACACGAUACGCGUAGGUCAGGGGAUGGGCCUUGAGUCACCAAAUGACACCAGGUUGGAAUAA